GAAAAAAAAAAAAAAAAAGCCUAAAUCACGGAAGAGAUUCUGCUGUCCUACUAGUUUGGCAAGUUCUCUAGGCUCAAAGCGGCGUAGAAAAGGCGGAGAAGAGGGCAGAAACUCAAAUUUGCGCACAUUUAUACACAUCUCUUUUCCCGCAGACUGUAUACGAGACAGGAGUCAUGGAGGCUGCCAUUCAGACCCUGGUGAAGGUCUUCCUGAAGUCGGCCAAAGGAAAGGAGAGUCUAGGAAAGAAAGAAUUCCAGGGUCUUGUCAAGAACCAGCUCUCCAACAUCCUUUCGGACACAGACAGCAAAGAGGCGGUCAACAACAUGGGCCAGGGACUGGAUGCCGACCAGGAUGGCAAAGUUGGCUUUGAGGAGUACAUGAAGCUGGUCGGGUACCUGGCGGUCUCGCUCAGCGACCAGCGUAAUCUCGCCAAAGAGGAGUCCGCCCAAAAUUCUGCGUCCGGUCAAGUGGCGCAGUCAAGUGCCCAGGACAAAGAGGAGAAGAAGCCAGAGGCAAACGCAGGAGCAAAAGAGGAAGCAAAGCCAGAGGCAAAUGUGGAGGCAAAGGCGGAAGCAACUGCUGAAGUAAAGGCAGAAGCCAAUGCAGACCGAAAGGUAGAAUUAAAGGUAGAAGCAAAUGCAGACCCAAAGGUAGAAUUAAAGGUAGAUGCAAAGGCAGAGGGGGCGACGAUGCCUGAGGCAGCAAAGGUGGAGGAGAACCCAGCAGCAGCGGCGGUGGUGGCUGCAGUAGAGGAAUCAGCAUCAGCAGUGGAAGUGGCCGUGAAAGAAGUGGUGGAGGAAACAGAAAAGGUGGAGGAAGAUGCGGAGAAGCUGGCUGCAGCUGUGGAGGAAGAAGUGGAGAAGAAGAUAGAGGAGGCAACCUCAUAGGGGACAAUCCAUUCCAUCACAAAAAAAAUUACACUAAACGCUUACAAUCAACACUACACAAAACACAGCAUUAAUGCCAAAAGAAGUUGGUAAGCCACUAAUGAGUUUUUUUAAUUCACACAACUUUGAAAUACAAAAUAUCAGUAAAAGUUCAAACACUACAAUCCCAGCUCUAAAGAAACCCUACUCCUUAUAUAUGAUAAAUAAUACAUCUACAUGACAGAAUUAUUGCUUUGUACUACUAGUUACCACUAUGUUCAUGUGUACAGCAUGUGCAUCCCACUAUAUAGCACAUUUACCUCAUUACGAUAAUAUACUAUGAUAGCAUGCAGACGUACACUAUCAUAUGCAUGCCAUAUCCCUGUGAAAACCUAACUGCAAAAUAUGAUUUACCUGCAAAGUGUCACUGUAUGUUAACACACCACUGCAGCCAAGAUAUUUAGUUUAAAUCCCCUGCUCUCCCCACUUUUAUCUUUAUCUGGGUCUCUUCUGCAACUCUACUUACUGUACAUUGGUCUUUGGUAAAACAUCAGCAGUGUACAUCUUGCUAUGCACUAAUGUUUUAAAAGAAUAGUUGGACAUUUUGGGAAAUACACUUAUUAGCUUUCUCACCAACAGUUAGAUGAGACAAUCGACACCACUCUUAUAGGUGUCCACUGAAUAUGAAGCUACAGUUAGUAGCUGGAUAGCUCAACUUAACAUAAAGCUUGCCUGUAUCUGUUCAAAGGCAAAAAACCUGUCUACUAGCACGUCUAAAGUUAUAUCUGGACAGUUUUAAUCUUGUUUACACUUUGGUUUUAUAUAACGAGUUAAUUUGUGAGCUUUAGAGGUGCUGGAGGUGGAUUUUGUUGCAUUUGGACAGAGCCAAACUAGCUGGUUUCCUAAUCAGCUGCUGGCUGUAGCCUAAUUUUUACCACACAUAUAAGAAAGUAGUAUUAAUCUUCUCUUCCAACUCUUGGCAAGAAAGCUACUAAUAUCCCAAAAUGUUGAGCUAGUCCUUUAGAGGUUGCAUGAUAAUCUGUCAAAACACUAUAUACGUUUUUUACAUUCAUUUUUUACAUCUUUUAACUCACCAUGCUAUGGAGCUGAUUUGGCAUGACAAUAAACAAAUUGUUUUGCUGGAGCUUUGCAUUAAUUCAGCUCAUCUCAGUUGUGUUCUCAAUAUCCCAUCACACCCUCUUCUUUCUCUCUUCCUAGCCUACUUCAUGUGCUCUUCUCUUUCUUUUUUUCCUAAAUUCUCGAAGGUUCACUUCAUGUGGAUCAUGCAGUAUGUUCUCUUCACUCAAAGUCAGCCAUGGAUUAGGAACUGGAAGAUCAGGUGUGUCCCUUGGCUAAAUAAUUAAGGUUCAAGAGUGGAAUCCACACCAAAGGACCCUUACGGUCAAGAAGGGAGCCCAAAAUAGUCCCAUGGGAGUGGACUGGUGACUAGAGGAGCAGGUCAGAGAAGGUGUUCAUGCAACCUAAUUCACCUGGAUUAGACCUGGUAGAGAGGAACAAGAUAACAAAAACAAAAGAAAAACAUAACAGGUGUCACUCAGUGGCAGUUAUCUCAAGUACUCUUUGAUGCAUUUUCAUUCGGUUUGUGUCUUCCAAACCAUAUUGCAUAUCAAGGGCCAGGUUUUUACUUAUUGAUCCAUGAAGGUGCUGAACGGUACAUUAUCACCUGGUGGUAUACUGGAUUGGAGUGACAGAAACUUGACCUUUGUUUUUGUUUCUCUUUAAAAUUGCUUAUUGUUGCUCAUUGUUUUCUGCUGGUCUUAGCACCACUUGUUCAGGCUUGCGUGUUUGUGUGUCGGUCACACCCUCAUACAGUUUAAAGACCCUGUUUGACCUGCAACUGGAUCCUUGUGUCCCAGGCAUUGGGAAACUACUGGAUUAGGCAUUUGAUGGGUAACACACCCUGGGACACAAACAAUUACAUGAAAGUAAUCCCGGGCUCCGGUGAUCCUGCCCAUCAGAUGAGGUGGUACUGUCAGAGAGAUCAGUGUCAGAGGUUGUGCUUAUUUUAGAAAAAAAAAAAAGAAUACUGAGCCAUCAAUAUGAAUUUAUGUGGUGUGAUCUUUUACAAUAAGACGCAAUAAGGUGUUGCAUGCUAUCGGAAACUUGCUAGUAUUACCAUUUUAUUGCAGUUAUUGUGGCCAAAUAUUUAAGUAUGACACGGCCUCUUUAUAUUUAACUCUUUCUUGUUUGGGACACUAUGGACACUUAAAAAUCUGCUUCUGUCACAUGUCACAUUAUUUGCAAUUUGUUAAUUACAAUUUAAUGAUUUGUAAAUUGUCUCAUCAUCAAUAAUGCAACCAUGAGAAAAAGGCUCGUGUUGCAGGCCUGCUGUGCAACAGGUCUGCCUGGCCGGCCGCAUGGUGCUUAAGGCACACACAUUUUGGGCACACUACCAAAUGUGCACCUUAUGCAAUGUAACAGCACCUGGCACUUCAAACUGCUCAGCAGCAAAAUGGGCAAGACAAAUAAACCUGAGUCAUGUGGUCACCCUGCCUCACUGCGACACUCCCAUUGCAAAUACUCUCUCAUUUACACUCACUCUGCUCAGCCUUUAUACUCAUUGUACGCUGUGUUUCCUGCAUGCUCUAUUACUAACACAUUUAUUAGACAUUUUGGGCUAUUUAGAGUAUUAUUUUUUUCUUUUAUUAAAACCUAUAUUCUUUUCAUAUCAAAACAUUUUCUUAUCAUGGUACUUCCUGUGAAUAAUGGAAACAUAUCACUCUCUUGCACCAUCUACAGCCAGCUUCCUGUUCAACAUUAACAUAGGCCUAUAUACGUACUAUACUGGCAAGCUGCAUACCGUAUUUGCUAUUCCCCGCAUGUUUCGUGCACAGGCGUGGAUUAAACAUCAUCUGGAAAUUAUUUUAUCACAGCUAAUGCUUUCUUUUAACCUAUUUGGAAUAGCAAAUGGAUGGAGUGAACUGUUUUCUUUCAGAGAGGUUGAACUGUCUGCCCUGGCAGUUUUGUUACUGUCCCAUAGUGUAAACCCCACCCAACCGUAACUCCAUGUAGAUUAAAAACAUGCUGGAACGAAACACAGCAGAUUUGCAGCAGGGAGUGUUUGCAUCCAGAUUUUCAUUGCCACACAAUGAGUCUCAUUCAUUCUUUGACACAGUAGAUGAAGAUAAAAGCCUGUGUUCUCCCAGUGAAAGUGUACAUACACGUUAUAUGGAUGUGCUUUAAAGGCUCAUAGGGUAAAACUGUUUUGUGAUUUUGGGACCAUUCCCAGGAUAUUGUCCAGGCUGUCAUCAUCGUGUGUUGAUGUACUCUGUUUAUUUCCUGCCAAGUACUAGAGGGUGUGUGUUUGUGUUUAGCAGUUGGACUAAUUUCAGUCCACAGUCAUGUCCAGUAAACUCCACUAUGCUAGUGUUUCAACUUCAUAUGUAACGCUGUAUCAUUUUUGCUUAUUCUAUGUAACAUUUGUAAUGGCUAAUAUUGAAUAAAACUGUGACGAUAA